AUGUCAAUAACGAGAUAUCGCCUCUGGCGAACACUGGAGACCGUACAAAAUAGAGCCGCGCUUCCUGAAGCUUCGCGAACAAGAAUAAGUCCGAUUCCGUCAUGCGCCUGGACCCCCAAACGAGGCAUCACCUACAGUUCAACGCGUUCCCAAACCUCGAACAGCAAGAGCAACGUUCCCACCACUUCCUCCAGCAGCAGCACCGCUAGCAGUCAUUCACCUCGAGCUACUCCUUCAGCGUCUCCCUCGUCCCCCUCCUCACCUUCUUCCACCGCUUCACAAGCAUCACGCGUCGCAGCCGGAACCCCCAACCGCCCAACCACAGAAAAUAUCUCCAAGAGCGGCCUGGCCGACAAACCCCUCGAACUCGAGACCGCGCCCGAAGAGAAAAUCGAUUGGACAAGGUCUUUCCACGGCCUUUCGGCCGAACCUUUCCCCAAAGAAGCAGCUGAUAUCUUGCUCGCGGAAACCGCACCGGAAGAAGUGGAGAUCAAACCCGAUGGAAUCGUUUAUCUUCCUGAGAUCAAGUACCGGAGGAUCUUGAACAAGGCGUUCGCAGCUAACAUGGCGUUGUUUUCCCCCCUAUCUUGCAGCCUCGUUUCCGUGGCUCGCGGCGAACAGGACUACUUCUCACCAGACGGCAUCCCAACCGCCACUGAGGGAUGCCGCUCCAACGCCCUCGUCCGGUGCUGUAAAGACCUCGGCAUCGCUAGUGAACUCUGGGAUCCUCGCUGGAUCCGGAAAUACAAAGCCAAGUAUGCGCGAGAGGUCUUUGUGGAACAUGUGGUCAGCAAGAAGAAGUCGAAGAUCUGGACUCGAAAAGAUGAUCCGGUUGGGUAUCCCUGGAAGGAGAGCAAAUAG